UGUUUGUGGAUCUGAAGGCGACUGUGAGGGAGAAGUUUGAAGACGAGCCGCGGGCAGCAGGACCCCCUCACACACCCUCUCUGUGCUCUUUACACACUCACAACAGAGCUGGGUAAUGCUUUGAUAUUUCUGAAUGUCAAAGUAAAGGACAGUUUUAAAGUUUUUUUUGUUUUGGAGGUCUCCCAGUUUGGACUGAACCACCGCCCGGUUGAUGAUAUUUCCAGCGGGCAGCUGUGCAUCCUGUCCGGGGAGAGGUGAGCAGAAACACCGUGGGACUUCGCAACAAAUCAGAGGACGUAAAAAAAUCAGGAACUGUUAUCUGGACGUGUUUCUGUUUCGUAACCUGCGUUUCACUCGCUGGACUUUUGCAACUUUUCUCUAGAAAUGGUUGGCAGGUUGAACUUGCCAAAUGUAUGUGAAGGAGACCCGCUGGAUAUGAGCUGCAGGGCGGAGAGAGGACUUGACAGCCCGGACUCCGGGUUACCCCCGAGCCCGAGCCCCAGCGCCUGGCUGCUGCCUGUGUGUGCGGAUAAAGCCGGGGGCGUGAGCCCGGUGUCUGAGGACGAGGGACGGGGCUCCCUGGUUCCAGUUUUGCCCACCGGAUCUUUCCAGCAGCUGCACCCGUUGUCCUUUGGGGAAGGCAUAGCGCUUGAUCCAUUGCCAGCGAAGGAAAUAAGAUACACCUCAUCUGUGCACUACGACUCGGACCGCCACUUCAUCCAGGGCGUGGCCCUACAGCCCACGGGCCAGGGCCUUGAACACUGCAUGCAGACCAUCAUGGCCGUACCCCACAGCACCUGGCGCCACUACAAGACACAGCUGGAGUUCCAGCCUCGCCAUCGGCCGCAGCACUUCCACAGCACCACCAUCGUCUACCCCAAGAAAACCAGCACCCUCUACACCACAGAGCUGAGCUACGACUGCCACCGACUAUCCAAACGUUUCCUCUCCAGCGUGGAGCUGGAGAUGGUCGGCCGCAGGGAGCUACCUCAGUGAGGGCGGGGACAGGUGCUGGGGACACACAAGGGUGGUUAUUCCAAUGACGCCUAUACUGUAGCUCCCCCAAGGCUGGCUGCCGCUGACCUGCUGUGUUGUCUUUUAACAGUUGUGUAGCCUGUUAUCUUUUUAAGUACCCCUCCUACGCUGUGGACAGGAAGCACCUGUGCUGUGAUGUUGCAGAUAUCAGAGAUGACAAGACAUCGACAGAGUGGGUUAGAUAUCCAUCCAGUACAUGUCUCUAUGUUUAUAUUCCUGCCAGUGGAUGAUCCAUCAGAGGGAAUGGACGUUUCAUUAAAUGCUUCAACCUUGUAGCUUGUUGGUUUCCAAGGCAUGCUCGUAUCUGAUUUGUUUUUACAGGCUGUAGGAUCGACUCGUGGACUGGGAUGAGGAGAAUACGUCUCUGCCCUCAGCAGACUCUCCUCAUGUCACAUCAAGUUGGUCAAAUAACAGAGUGAGGGAAGGAAAGGGAAAAUUUAAAUGUGGUGCUGGAGUUUGCAUGCAUGCUAAGAACUCACUAACUUAUCCACACUGUUUGUUUCUUCACAGGGUAUUGUGUGUUUCUGCACAACUUAGACACAAGCUAAGCUCUUCCCAAGCCUUCUCUCUGGCCACUGUUGCAAGUCACAAUGUGUUACGUAAAUGUUGGUAGAUUAAGGGAAUGUAUGUUUUCGUUGUGAUGUGUGCACGUAGACAAACUGAUUAAGCAGGUAGUAUAGAUGGAUUAUGAGUGUGGAGUUUACUGAGAAGUGGAUUUUUUGAUAUCACUCACUGGCUUUCUAGUGACAAUAACAAGCUGCAUUCCACUGCCAUCACUUUCUCUGGCUUGACUUGGAUUGAAAUUGUAUUUAUUCUUUUAGUUUUAGGUUGAGAUUUUAUCAGCUGUUUAACGGGUCUCUCCACAGUCAUGGCAAGGGAUAUUUUUGUGAUGCCCCAUGUGCCUUAUUGAUGUAUCUGUUGAUGCUUUUUUUAUAUUAGUCACUUAUUCAGUGCCAGUUUGAAAUAAAGACUUCAUCAGUUCAACGAUUUUGUAUUUUAUGAGGAGGUAGCGGUGUGGGUUUUCUCGAGGUGCUCCAGCUUCCUCCCAGUCCAAAGACAUGCAGGUUAAUUGAUAACUCUAAAUUGUCCGUAGGUGUGAAUGUGAGUGUGAAUGGUUGUCUGUCUCUAUGUGUCAGCCCCGUGAUAGUCUGGUGACCUGUCCAGGGUGUACCCUGCCUCUCGCCCAGUGUCAGCCCCCCCCCCCCCCCCCAAACUUCUAACAGGAUAAGCAGUUACAGAAAAUGAUAGAGUGAGUGAAAGAAUGAGGAGGUAGUCCUUGUCUGAUUUAAAGAUGACAGCAGACAGAGGUAAUUAUUCAUUAUUUUGGCCCACAAAGUGAACACACUAACAAACUUUCACCACAGGAAUGUCGUGUCUAAAAAGAAGCUGCUGGAAUGAUGUGUGUAUGAUUAAGUGAUGCUAACUUUCCUCUUCAGAGGAGAAAUAACUUUUUCUUCUUAAAUGUUUUUGAUGCUUUGAGCACCUCCACUUAAUAUAUUCAACCACAGUGAAUUACACUACAACAGUCUGGGUAGAUGGAUGUGCUAUUGAUCUCAUAAGGUAUGAUACAUUGAUUUUGGGUGAACUGUCCCUUUUUAAGGGAGGACGUCCCAGGUGAAUAGGGAAACUUUUUUAACAUAUAAAUAUCACCAUGAAACUUCCCUAGGUGAUUACUUAUAUUAAGGCAAUUUCUUUUUAUCUUAAAGGUUUUCUGAAGUUUAAAUAUGCACCAAUUUGCAUACAUAAAUCUGAACACUGGAUAAAGCUAGUUUAAAAUUUCUUGCUUUUUUUGAUGACAUAUUAAGAGUCAGAGAUUUUUUGCAAAUAUAGUUUUUGAUAUCUCUUUGUAUUACUCUAUAAAUCAGAAAAUAUUGUAAACAGUAAAAAAAAAAAAAAAUCCAUCAUCCAUCUAUCACCCUAUUUUUCGGAAUAAAAUGUUAAAAAAAAUCAGGCUAUAAAUGAUAUAUGAACAAGCCCCUCUGUGAAAACCUUUUGAAUAUAGAUGGGAAUAAAUCUGGGGAUGUCUGGCUCAGAGUAUGAGAAAAAACAUUUUGAGAAAAUUGCCCUUAAAGAUGCGUUUUGUAAAAUUACAUAUAUUUUUAAGAUGCUACAGGUGAACAGAGUUAAACUAUAUCACCAACUUCAUGUUUUUAAUAUGUUGCCUUAAACUUUAUGUUUGAAUAUGGAAAUGAAGCAUUAUCAAGGCUAAUUAUAUAUGCACUUUUCCAAUAAA